AUGGAUGCAGCAUUGGAGGCAGCUUUGCAUCAGGCCUCCCAGCAGGAUGCCCUCGACGCCGAGACCUGCGCGGACACCUUCACUGCCCUUCGGCGUGCCUGUGCGCACGCUGCGCCGGCGCAGCUGGCAGCUUGGGAGAAGAAGGCAGAUGUGCUGAACUUCUUGGCGAGCUUUUACGAACAGAAGCGGCUCUAUCAUCGUCAGGUCAUGAGCCUCCUAGAGAUCCUGCUCCAACAACCAGAUUGGGCGGUGGCGGCCGAACCUUUAAGGCCUAACUGGCCAGAAGAGAUGGCCAAGGCAGCGGCUGCGAUGGCUGAGGCAGUCCAAGGUGCCGCAGAGUCUGGUGCAGCGGAGGAGCCCAACACCGCGCAAGCUGCGGCCACGCAAGGUGGCUACCAGGCCUCGGAGGUGCCAGUGGCGCCUCAGAGGAGUAUGGCGGACACGUUGGCGAUGUUGGAUGAUGCGCUGAAAAAGCUGGCAGAUGCCAAGUAUAGCUUCAGUGUGCUCACUGGGACUGGCCUCGAAGAGGAUGACUUGGUCAAGGCAUUUGAGCUCUUCCGGAGGGCAGUCUGCCGGGUAACUCAAGACGUACGCAUCGAGACGACGAUUUUGGAGGAAAUUUCGCCCAAGGAGUCCAUCCUCCAGUUCUUGUUAGAGGUCAUGGAGCAGAAACCACGACAACAGAAGCGGAUCGAAUCGUUGAUGCUCGUGUUGAUGAAGCUGGAUCGCUGGCGCCGAGUGGCAGAGGAGGAGCCACUCCGUGGAGCCACCGCCAGGUUCCGAGAGCCAGAGAAAGACGAGAAGCAGGAGGAGGAGGAGUCGCAGCUGCAUGAGGAUAGCGAGGGGCCGAAUCCAGAGGAACUCCUUGCUGAUGCUCAAAGGCGCGGUGCCUUUGGAGUUCUUUUGGUCCGUGUGCUAGCGGCUCACAACUUGAUCAAUGCAGAUUGGUGGAGCCUCUCUGAUCCCUACACCAAGGUGACAGUGGAUGGAGACACUAGAGUCACUGCUGUGGUGGACGACUGCUUGGAUCCACGUUGGGACGAGGAGCUUUGGAGCUUCGACGUAGCAGCAGAGUCCAGCCUGGUGCGCUUAGAAGUCUGGGACAAGGAUGCGAUGCAGGACGACCCCCUGGGCCAUGUGGCCAUCCCAGUGGCAAUGGCACCCGGCGAGGAGCUGAAGCGCUUGCGCUUCGCGCUGGACCGGGUGGCGCAUGGCGAACUGGAAGUCGAGAUGAGAUUUCUGAGGGUGGAGACAGAUGAUUCAGCUGACUCUCUUCUUCAGUCGGGCGGUGCUAGCCGCAAGCUGCCAUCACCGAAAGCAGCGAAAGGGGCAUAG